CUGUGGGUAUCCGUGCGCCGGUGUCAGUGUCUCCGGAGGAGCCGCGGCGGGAGCGGAGCGGGCGGGCAGCGCGGUCUGGAUGGGCAGCUGUAUUUGUAGUGUCUGAUUCCUGAUGGAUCCUGGUUAUUGUCAGGUCUAGGCAGUCGUGGCAUCAGAUAGUCCUUGGCUGACUCAGUAGAGAAGAUGAAGAUGUUCCCUUGCACUUUCAAACAGCUCCAGUUUGCAUCUAAUGUUUCAUGUCAAAGGUGCUUAUAAGAAGAAAUAGGAACGGUUUCUCAAGCUGAAGACAGAGUAAAAGAAAACUGUAUCAUGUGUUAGAAUACUGGAGAGGGACAUUCCUUGGAUUAGUACAUUUCUGGCUUGCAAAGCAAAAGAAAGAGGAGGCCAAAAAUGGGGAGGAAGAAAAUACAGAUCACGAGAAUAAUGGAUGAACGGAACAGACAGGUCACCUUUACCAAGAGGAAGUUUGGAUUAAUGAAGAAGGCCUAUGAGCUGAGUGUACUGUGUGACUGUGAAAUAGCACUCAUCAUUUUUAACAGCUCUAACAAACUCUUUCAAUAUGCCAGCACUGACAUGGACAAAGUGCUACUAAAAUACACAGAAUACAACGAGCCCCACGAAAGCAGAACCAACUCAGACAUCGUUGAGACCUUAAGAAAGAAAGGCCUUAAUGGUUGUGAGAGCCCUGAUGCUGACGAUUACUUUGAGCACAGUCCGCUAUCGGAGGACAGAUUCAGCAAACUAAAUGAAGAUAGUGAUUUUAUUUUCAAGCGAGGCCCUGCUCUGAACAAGAAGGAACACAGAGGGUGCGACAGCCCGGACCCUGACACUUCAUAUGUGCUCACGCCACAUACAGAGGAAAAAUAUAAAAAAAUUAAUGAAGAGUUUGAUAAUAUGAUGAGGAAUCAUAAAAUCGCAGUCACCACAGCCUUGGCAUGGAAAGGUAUCACUGACAGCCCAGUGAGAAAUGGGUUUGUGAACUCUCGAGCUUCUCCAAGUCUCCUGGGCACCGGUGGUGGUGGGAACGGCCUGGGCAAGGUGAUGCCCACGAAGUCCCCACCUCCCCCCGGAGGAGGGAACCUGGGCAUGAACAACCGCAAACCCGACCUCCGUGUGGUCAUCCCCCCCUCCAGCAAGGGCAUGAUGCCACCUCUGUCGGAGGAGGAUGAAUUGGAGUUGAACACCCAAAGGAUCAGCAGUUCUCAGUCCACGCAGCCUCUCGCCACCCCCGUGGUGUCGGUGACGACCCCGAGCCUGCCCCCGCAGGGACUCGUGUACUCGGCCAUGCCCACGGCCUACAACACUGAUUACUCCUUGACCAGUGCAGACCUGUCUGCCCUGCAGGGGUUUAACUCCCCAGGAAUGCUGUCCUUGGGGCAGGUGUCUGCCUGGCAGCAGCACCACCUCGGUCCCGCGGCCCUCAGCUCCCUUGUCACUGGCAGCCAGAUCUCUCAGGGUUCCAAUCUCUCCAUCAACACCAACCAAAACAUCAACAUCAAGUCUGAACCCAUCUCCCCUCCCCGGGACCGCGUCACCCCCUCGGGGUUCCCUCCGCAGCAGCCGCAGCAGCCGCCGGCGCCGCCGCCGUCGCGGCAGGAGCUGGGGCGCUCCCCGGUCGACAGCCUGAGCAGCUCCAGCAGCUCCUACGACGGCAGCGACCGGGAAGAUCCCCGGAGCGACUUCCACUCGCCCGUGGUGCUGGGGCGGCCGCCCAACGCCGAGGACCGGGAGAGCCCGUCGGUAAAACGAAUGAGGAUGGACACGUGGGUGACAUAAACCCGCGGGGCCGCCCCGCCAGCCCGGUGUCCCCAACACGAACUGUCCUGACAUAUCCACAUUUAUAAAUAAGGACGUGACUAAGUAUAUUUAUAUGUAUAUACAUACGUGCAUAUAUAUAUCUCCACAUGCAUAUAUAUGUGCUAGUGUGUGUAGCAUACACCGAUCAUCAGGCACUUACGACAAACUCGUGUAUAGCUGCAGAUGUCCCCUGGUAAAGCAGAACAAUCCCGUAGGUUUGAUCUAGUCUGGCACUUCCCUGGAGUUGUGUUUGGCCCCAGCCGUUGGCAGAGCGUUGUCCCCGCAGUGUCUCCUCCUCCUCCACAGCCCAGGGCUCGCCUGUAGUACGUCCCUGUGUGUUAGUUCAGCUCAUGGUUACUCGUAGUUAAGAAAUAAUUGCUUUGUAGCAGCAGAGCAGUAGAAAAGCAGGAAGAAGAAAGCAAUACUGUACAUAAACUGACCUUUUAUUACCCAACCUGGCAUGGGUCUCUAUUGCAGAGGGUGCAUGGAGAAGGGCUGAUGCUAUAAGAAAUAAAAAAACAUAAAAAACAAAAACCCUGUUUUGCACGUGCAAAAAAAAAAAAUAGUGUAUUGGGUCAAAGAAGUGAUUUUUUUAAUGAGUGAAAGACAUAGAGAACUCGCAUGAAAUAUUCAGAAAAUAUUAGCCUAGAAAAUAGAACAUUAACAAAAUAAAAUUAAUAUAUUAAGUUAUAAUUGGAAUAUGUUUGACAAAUUUGUUUUUACGUUCAUACCUUUGAAAAAUAUAGAAACGGAUUUUAGCUCAUGUAUAUUUUAUAUUAAAGAAAACAAUACCCUAAUGAAUUGAAGACUAUAUAUAAAGUUAUAUACAGUACUUUUGAACACAUUCUGCUAUGAAUUAUUUAUAUAAGCCAAAGCUGUAUGUUGUAGCUUUUUUGUAGAGUAUAGUUUUAUCUUAUUUUGACUUUCUAGUUUUUGCUUUCAAAGAUGAAAAGGAAAAACUUGCAGGCGGAACCUUGGGGGAAAAAUAAGCCAUGAACACUUAUAUGUAAAUUUAAAUUUGAGCCAAACUCUUUGUGUAUAUAGCAUCCUAAAUAUAUUAUCACCUUUGGUGUAAGUACCUAUGUAUUGUACGGUCACCAGAUUAAAAAGUAUAUUUUUGUGGAUUGACGCCAACUUGAAACAAGGCGAGGUCCUUAUUAAGUAGAGUAUUCACUGUUUAAUAUUUACUAUUUUGUUAAAUAUACUGUACUUUCUUUGGAUUUUAAUUAUUAUUAAUAUUAUUAUCCAGAUUUUUCAGAGGGUGUAUAAAGGGGUUGGCCCCCUCACUGGUGGUGAAUGUGUGCCGUUCAGUUGUAAUCUCUGUGCUGUAUGGUUAAGCUUCAUUAUACAUUUUAUAUAUAUGUAUAUAAAUAGCAAAGUGGCAAAAAAAAAAAAAUCCGGUGUUAAGUUCAUCCUGCAUAAAUAUAAAAAAUCUGUUACAACACAUUUUAAGGCAUCAUUUUAAAGCUGCCUCUUCUGAGGAGGGAGAAAAAAAAAAAAACAGUGGAAAAACUUGACCUAAUUUCUCAUGAUAGGGAAAUGACACAUAUCAGAGGAGCACAAAAGGUUUUGGGAGUUGGCAAGUGGUUUGGGAAAAAUUUGCUGCUUCCAAGAAAUAGAAGGAGGGAUCCAGAACCCCCUUGUGCUGUGAGCCCGGGCUGGGAGCAGGUCUGGUGUUGGAUUUGGGGCCGUGAUCCCGCCUGUCCCGGUCACUGACAGGCUGGCAGUGCUGGUGCUGGGGAGGAAACUGCAGUGGGAUUAUCCAAACUUCGUGGUUAUCCCUGAUAUUUAUUAAACUUUUGCUUGGGCUUUAUUUCUGUGUAAUUCCAAGUCCCCCCAUGCUGUGACAGGAGCUGGGAGAGGGGACCAGGUGGUACCUGCGGCCUCCAGCCCAUCCCCUGUCGUGGCAGCGGAAACCUGCACAGGCUCCAGUCCCAUCCCGCCCCUUCCUUGGACCUGGAUCCCAUUAGUUUGGGAUGGUACUGGCUGACGGGGCAGGAGGGCAAAGGGGACUCGUUCCCCAGGCCACUGUGCUCCCAGGUGACCGAAUUCACUUGCCAGCCCCUGCACCUUUUGCUGCUCCGACCAGUGGUGUGAGUUCCAUGAUUUAUGCACCUGUAUGACCUUUGCUGUACAUCCGAGUGGGAGUUCUGCAUUCACAUUUACUGUCUAUUUUCUUGUGUGCCUUAUCAGAUGGCUUUGCUGACUGUAUCUCAAUAGUCUUUAUUUCUAUGCAGGUUUUUAAACAGUACUAUUACUGUUUUCUUAAAGACAAAGCUACACAAGGGUUAGAGUUUGUAUUGAAAUUGCACCAAUGAAUUAAAAAAGAGUAUUAAAGAAUCAGUUCUAAAGAGCUGGGCUGGGGACUGGCCCUGUGCUGCCCCAGCCACGGCAGAAAUGUCCUUCCACAGCCCUCCCGUCUUGGGGAGCAGCUCCUGCCAUCGAGGAAAUGGGAAUCCUGGUUUUUAGUAACAAGUAACUCACUUUGGAACAUACUUUUUUAGAAAUUGUAAAAAAAAAUGUUUUAUAAAAAAAAAUAAUUAUGACAUAGCACAGAUAUUUCAACAGGUGAAAAAAAAGAUAGUAAUACUUUUUUAAAAUUCUCUCUCUGCUGACUGAAGUGCAAGUGAAUCCAACCCUGGGCUGAACCCAGUCAGGUCUGAGUGAUUUAAGAUUUUUAGCUCUGUUGUGACAAAUCACCUCCAUCCUCGAGCUCUCACGGUAGUUUUGGGAACGCCACGUUGUCAGGGACUCGUCAGAACUGCUUUAGCCUUGCCCUCCCCUCAAGGACACUAAUGCAGCAGGAACUCCGAGUUACUGUGCGCACAAGAAAUACAUAGUAAAUAAGGAACAAAACAACUCCUAACAAUUGAUCCUGGGCAGAAGUGAAAUCCGAAUGUGAAAGAAAGACUUAACCAAUGUAAACAUUUAAAUCUUAGUAGAACCUUUCUUCACUUUGCUGUGCAAGAGAAACACUGCUUUGCUAUAUUUAAAAUGGCUUUUUUAAAAGAGAUUUAUGUAUUUGGUAAAUGUUUGUAGUCAACAGUUCACAAAGAAGCUGUUCACGGUUUAAUGCUGAUAAGCCGUUUGGCGGCACAAGCUGGACUUUGUUGCCAUCCUUGAGACGAAUCUUUUAAGAAAAAAAAAAAAUAAGUUAAUCUCAAUUUUUUUCCCUGAAUGUGUUGUUUUUUCUUCAAUAUACAAUAAAUAUUCUAGUGAACUUUUUAUCAAAUGGUUAAGAAAAAAUGCUAGAGGUUGUUGUAAAAUAUUUGUAUCCUGCAUUCACUAAAGUAAAGAUACUGGCUUUUACUGUG